CGCACUUGUCUUACAGUGCACCUGUCUUCCUAGACUCCUGACUUUGCGCGUUUGCUGAGCCUAGCCUACCAGGAAUCUCACUAGGCAUGGCGUCAUCCUCCGUUCCAUCAUCAGAAGUCGCGGCGUCGAAGACGGACAGUGGAAGUGAAGGUCAGCUUGAUGUUUCGGUCUUGAGGGAGUUGGCUAGGAAGGCUUUGGUGGAUUCACUCAAUUCUGUGAACGGCGCAAAGACCCUUGUGUUGGAUCCGACACUGGCAGGCCCCCUAGGGUUGGUCACGGAGGUUGCGGUGCUGAAGCAUCAUGGCGUGGAUAAGAUGUUCUGGCUAGAGCCUGGGGCUCUUUCUGCAACAUCCACAAACAUUGUAUACCUAUGCCGACCGUUCAUCAAGUGGAUCAAGAUUAUAGCAGACCAGGUUAAGCGACAUGCCAGGGAGAACCAAAAGCACACCUAUACCAUCUUUCUCGUUCCCCGGACAUCCACGCUUGUCACUCGUAUCCUCGAGGAAGAGGGCGUCCUUGGCGAUGUCACCGUUUCCUCAUAUAACCUACAGUUCAUCCCUAUUGCUGAUGACGUGAUAUCGUUGGAGAACGACAACGCGUUCAAAGAGAUCUGGGUGGACGGAGACGAAACCGUAAUUUAUGACUCCAUGCAAGCCCUCCUUACUCUAGAGAAGCUACAUGGCGCAUUCCCCCGCAUUAUCGGCAAAGGCGACUAUGCCGCGCGCCUUGCUAACCUCCUGACCAGGAACACCCCUCAAGCAGCAGCAGCAGCGCCUGCCGAUACACACUUGAGCGCACCCUCGGACACAAUUGACUCAUUGAUCGUGCUCGACCGCCGGGUGGAUAUGAUCUCCCCUCUCCUAACACAGCUCACAUACGAGGGUCUGAUUGAUGAAUUGAUCGGCCUCAAGAAUUCACACGUCGAGGUGUCAGUCUCCCUCGUCUCGCCUCCACCCGCGUCCAACCAACCGAAUGCCUCCGCAGCACCCAAUGCAGCGUCAACGUCAACGGCUACAGCCACGUCGCUGACAAGGGAGAAGAAGCGCAAGCACCAUCUCACCACUGCGACGGAUCCAUUACUGGCGGAGCUCCGGGACCUCAACUUCUCCGCUGUGGGCAAGAAGCUUAAUCAGGUGGCGCGACGGCUCGACGACGAUUACAAGCUUAGGCAUCAGGCGAUGACCGUUGCCCAGCUCAAGGACUUCGUAGGGAGACUGGGGGGCCUCCAGAACGAGCACCAGUCGCUCCGGCUACAUACUGGGUUGUCGGAGAUGCUGGUGCCGAUGACGAGGACGGAGGAGUUCAACAAGUCGUUGGAGAUCCAGCAGAAUUUGCUCGCGCUGUAUGAGGUGAAUGCGCAAAUCGCGGCGAUCGAAGACUUGAUUGCGCAAGGAGCGGACAUGCGCACUGUCGUUCGGUUGCUUUGUCUAGCUAGCGUGGUGACCGGAGGUGUUAAGGCCAAGUUGUUAGAGAACAUCAAGCGUGAAAUCCUGCAGACAUACGGUUAUAACUACUUACCGUUGCUCUUGUCACUCGCUGCGCCACCACUGUCAGUCCUCUUGCCCAACCCUCUGCCCCACAACGCCCCUCCGUCUGUCGCAGAUUCCAAGUACCCCUACGCCAACCUGCGGAAAUCCCUGCGGCUCCUAGUCGAGGAUCCAGACCCCAUGGAAGAACUCGAGAACGACAUAAGCUACGUAUACUCCGGCUUCGCGCCGAUCAGCGUGCGCCUCGUGCAGUGCGUAGCGCAGAAGGGCGGCGUCCUGAGCAAUCCGGCCGCGGAGAAGGAGAAGGGAGCAGACAAGAAGGGCUCUGGCGCGGACGGCGACAGCGCAUCACGGAGAGGGGGCACGGCGGGCACGCCCCUGGUGCAGGCGCACCCGAUCGUGGGCUGGAAGGGCUUCGAGGACGUCAUCGCGUCCAUCCCGGGCGAGACCGUCGACAUCGUGCAGAAGUUACCCGGGGGCCAGGAUGGCGGAGCGUUUCCCCCCGUUUUGUCGCUGAUGCUUCCGAGGGAACGCCCGACGACGACGGUCGUGUUCUUCUUGGGCGGGUGCACCUACACGGAGAUCGCUGCGCUCCGCUGGGUGGGGCGACAGAACAAAGGCCGGAAAUUCCUGAUAGCAACCACGGGAAUCAUCAACGGCAACACGAUGAUAGACAGCAUCGCGGGCACGGCGAGCGCCACGUCGAAAGAGGUUGGGCUGUAGCCCGUCGUAGAUCGUGCAUGCCGCUUAAGGCGUCGUGCGAGCCCCUUAGGCAUCGAUGGAUAUAUAAGUAGGGAAAUAUACGGCGCUCCGUCCAGUCCCUCGCCUGACCUCGUAUAUAUGCGAUCGUACGUGUUCACGAUGGGCGUAUUGUGGGCAGUUCUGCCCCUUUUUUUGCUGCAUAGAUGUACGCGUACAUAUACCAGAGACUGCGUCUGUUAUCCUCCCGUCGGGAAUAGCCUCGGCUCUUGAAGAAUUCGAGUAGUCUUCCA